UGUUUACCAAAACGCGUUUUGGCGUCGUUGAUGCUUUUUGGGCAGGUUUGCGUUUUUGUGCAUUAAAUUAAAAAAAACCAACAAAACAAACAAAAUGGGGAUCAUGAAAUUAGCAGAUCUGAUUCGCGCUGACGCUCCAGAGUCGAUCACUCACAAACAGCUCGGAGAUUACAGCGGCAAAAUAAUUGCAUUUGACACCUCCAUUAUUAUGAACCAGUUCCGUUGUGCUGUUCCUAAUCAGACAAUAAGCUUGUUAGGUGUGUUCUACCGCACACUGACGUUCCUGGAGCACGGCAUCAAGCCAGUGUUUGUGUUCGAUGGAGUUCCUCCUGAUGAGAAGCUGGCCGUGCUGGAGAAAAGAGCACAGAAUGCAGGAUGGGGAAGCUAUCAGCGCUCUCCCACCGUGUCCUCUAAAACACAGGACUUCCUGCGUCUCCUCCCGCUCCUGGGUGUCCCCUGUGUCCAGGCCCCCAGUGAGGCUGAGGCAUGCUGUGCCCAGCUGGUCAGGAGCGGUGUGGUGGACGCCGUGGCGUCGGAGGACAUGGACACGCUGGCGUUCGGAGGGGUGCUUCUCCUCCGCCAGCUGAACGCUAACAGCGGGAGCGAUGUGACGGAGUACUCUCUGCCCAAGCUCCUGGAGAUCCUGCAGCUCUCACAGGAAGAGUUUGUGGAUCUGUGUAUCCUACUGGGAUGUGAUUUUUGUGAUAAGAUCAUGGGUUUGGGGCCGACCCGAGCACUCAAGCUCAUCCAGCAGCACCGCACCAUAGAGGGCGUCAUGCUCAACAUCAACAGGAAGACUCACCCAGUCCCUGAAGAGUGGCAGUACGAGGCUGCGCGCCGGCUGUUCCUGAACCCGCCCCCGGUUGAGCCGCCCUGUCUCCAGUGGACAGAGCCGAAUGAGGAGGAGCUGGUCAAGUUCCUGUGCCAGGAGAAACGCGCCAAAGAGGAGAGGGUGCGAGGACGUAUUCAGACGUUCCGGCAGAAUCAGGCCUACAAGCGGGAGAAAGAGGAGAAGAAGGAGGGAGACACCAAUCAGGCCAGCAUGAACGAUUUCUACCCUGUGACACGGAAAAGAUGGUCUGCAGAAGCAGGAGGAUCCAGAGCCACGAAGCAGCCGAAGGCGAACUGAUGCGCUGUACUUAAAGCCCCAGUGAUGGAGAGAAGAAGUGGAACAUUUCAGUGUUUUAUUUGUCAGUUUAUCUGUAAUCGUGUCGUAGAGUCGAGUGACGUAAAUGUGCUGAUUAUGUUUAGGAAUAAUGUGAUCAUGUUAAACACAUUAGUCUUUAUAAGUUUAGCUGUUUUUUAUCAUGCAUGUAUCCGAGCUAUGUUCUUAAAAACAGUAUUUCUCUCCGUA